AUGGAAUCUCACUCGGAUCCCCAGUCACAUAUUAUCACUCGCCCUCGCCGGCCGAAGUGCUGCUGGCGGAGAUGCAAUUACCUGCAAUUAGUGCUGGCGGCGAAGGUGCUGCAGGCGGAGGCGGACGUGCAAGCGCUCGAUUUGGUGGUGCAGGCGGAGGCGGUGCUGCAGGCGGAGGCGCUGGAUUUGGUGCUGGUGGAGGCGGAGGUGCGAGGCAGAGGCGGUGGGCGCGAGGCGAGUGUGGGUGCAAGGUUCGGCGCUAGAACGAAUGGGGGGUCGAGGUGCGGAGCUAGCUCCUUUGGAUGGCUUAGAGUGUCUUUAGCUACCGAUGUCAGUGAGGAUCAAGAGUGGUCUAGAAAAUCUAGAGGUUGGAGACUAGACCUAUACACCUACGAUUGA